AUGCCUAUUAUCGUGUGCACCAACCACCUGCUGUCCUUCCCUUCCCUACCAACAACUUCGACAGCAGAUGAUGAGGGAUUCACAGAGUACUUGUACAAGAUCUUGGUAGUUGGUGACAUUGGCACUGGCAAGACCUCGAUCAUCAAGCGUUUCGUUCACAACAUCUUCUCCAUGCAUUACAAAUCAACUAUUGGAGUAGACUUUGCCCUGAAGGUGAUCAACUGGGACCCAAAGACAGAGGUGAGACUGCAGUUGUGGGAUAUCGCUGGUCAAGAGCGUUUCGGAAGCAUGACCAGAGUAUACUAUAAGGAGGCUGUCGGUGCCCUCAUCACUUUCGACGUCACUCGUGCCAGCACUUUCGAGGCCGUCGCCAAGUGGAAGGCUGACAUUGACUCCAAGGUCACCAUCGGUCCUGAUGAGAGACCAAUCCCAGUCGUUCUUUUGGCCAACAAGUGCGAUCUAGGAAAGGAAGGAUUUAUUAAGACUGCCAACGAGAUGGAUAAAUAUUGCAAGGAUAACGGAUUCAUUGGCUGGUUCGAGACUAGUGCCAAGGAGAACUUGAACAUUGAAAAGGCCUCUCGCUUCUUGGUCGAGCACAUUCUCAAGAUGGACAUCAGAAGAAAUCAACCACCAACAGAGGAUAAGGGGAAGAUAGACCUCUCCGACAAAACAACGCCACCUACCAGCGGUGGAUGCUGUAAUAAAUAA